AUUUUCUUGGUCUGUUCGCUUCAAUCUCCUUUCUCAUUCAAUGUCCGCUGGGAGCAGACGAAGGUUUCAGACAUUAACACUUUUUCCUGUAACCUCAGUGUCUGUUUCCCUCUCUCUGCAAGCAGCAAGGCAGUGACGAUAACUCCAUGAGCAGAGCGAGAGCGAGUCUCACCCACCAUUUAUCGUCAUGAAUCCCACGGCAGACCCAGCUUCUUCCGCCGCCGUCGCCCCGCCGCAGCCGCACCGCCCCUCCACCUCUUGCAACCGUCACCCCGACGAGAGGUUCACCGGAUUCUGCCCCUCCUGUCUCUGCGAACGCCUCGCCGUCUUGGAUCAGAGCAACAAUGCCGGCGCUUCGUCUUCCUCCUCCGCCGCCAAGAAACCACCGGCCAUCUCAGCAGCGGCGCUCAAGGCCAUCUUCAAGUCAUCCGCCGCCUCCAACGGGAACGGUCGGGUCCGACCCGGGUUCUUCCCGGAGCUCCGGCGGACCAAAUCGUUCUCGGCGUCGAAGAACGAGGGGUUUUCCGGCGUGUUUGAGCCGCAGCGUAGGUCUUGUGACGUCAGGCUUCGGAGCUCGCUGUGGAACAUGUUUAACCAGGACGAGCAACGAAACCCACCCACCAUGGAGGCCGCCGCAUCCUCCGGCGCCGGCAGUGGAGGAGGAACACACGGCGGUGAGAUUGAGGUCAAGGCGAGGAAGUCCAGCGUGCGGGAGCCUGUUCUCGAGACGAAAGAAGAAGCCGAAAGCGACAGCGAAAUUGGUCACCGUGGCGGGGAGGAGGAGAAUGACUAUGGCGGUGAUUUCGGAAUCGUGAACGAUUCUAGCGAAGUAACCGAGGAGAGAAGCAAUGAAAUCGUUGAGGAAGAAGAAGAGAUUGAUGAAGAGGAAGAAGAAAAAGUGAGCCAAGAGGAUUUGAAGCCGAUGAAGGAUCACAUAGAUCUCGAUUCGCCGGCGAAGAAACCGUCAGUGAGAGAUUUAGCGGGCACUUUCUGGUCUGCAGCCUCUGUUUUCAGCAAAAAGCUUCAAAAAUGGAGGCAGAAACAGAAGAUGAAGAAGCAGAGAAAUGGCGGCGGAUCCGUCAGACUGCCGGUGGAGAAGCCGAUAGGAAGACAGCUCCGGGACACUCAGUCCGAGAUCGCCGAUUAUGGGUUCGGUCGGAGAUCCUGUGACACUGACCCUAGAUUCUCCCUCGACGCCGGAAGAUUCUCGCUUGACGCCGGUAGAUUCUCCGUCGACAUUGGUAGGGUCUCGCUGGACGACCCUCGGUACUCGUUCGACGAGCCGAGAGCCUCGUGGGAUGGGUACUUGAUGACGACGGCGUCCCCGCCGGCGAGAGUUCCUCCGCCACCGUCGAUGUUGUCAGUGGUAGAGGACGCGCCGGAGGGCCGUCACGUGGCGCGGUCCGACAUACUGAUCCCGGUGGAGGAGCCACCGGUGCUGCAGCCAGUUAACCCGGUUAAUGAGUCAGACCCGGUUAUACCGGGAGGGUCGGCCCAGACAUGGGAGUACUACACGGACUCAUCCUCGCGGCGGCGGAAGAGUCUCGACCGGUCGAGCUCGAUCAGGAAAACAGCCACCGCUGUGGUGGCGGAGAUGGACGAGCUGAAACCAGUAUCAAACUCAAAGGUGUCUCCGGCCAUAACAUUUGAUUCUUACGCAAACUCGGUAAGAGACGACUGCUCCGCGGAGACAGGGUUUUAUCCGCCGCCGUUGAACGGAGACAGAAAGGGAAACAGUAACAAGAAAUCAAGGAGGGGGAGCGUAACAAAGUACGAGGAGGAAGAUGACAGAUACAGCAGGUCGCUGUCGGAAUCAUGGCCGGAGUUGAGAAACAGUGGAGGAGGAGGAGGAGAGGGCUUUACCGAUCAGAAGCUGAAGAGAAGCAACAGCAGCGUGAGUUGGAGGAAGGGUAACGGAGGAUGGUUGGAGAGGAACAGAAGUUCGAGGUAUUCAGGAAAGGAUGGUGAGAACGGGAUGUUGAGGUUUUACUUGACGCCGAUGAAGGGUAGCCGGAGAUCGGCCGGGGGAGGCGGCGGGGGGUGGGAGAAGACGGCGGUCAGGGCUAAUAGUCACGGCCACUCCAUUGCUAAGAGGGUUAUGAGACUGUAUUGAUCAAAUUCCUGAUUAGCCGUUCUUCACCUGUUUUAGUUGUUUCAUCUUGGGGUUUUUUUCGUUUGGUCUUUGGCGUAAUUGGGUUUUUUUUUGUUGAGGUUUUACUCGAACGAAUGAAUUGUUGUACUUGUCUAUUCUCUUUGGUGAAAACCCAAUUUCAAUAAGAAUUAUAUUAGUUGUAAUUUGGUCGGUCCAAAUACAAUUAGUGGCAGUAAAAUUUUGGGCUUUUAA